CGCACACGGGCGGAGCUGCGGGCGGCCCUGCUGGAGCCGCGGCCGGGCCGGGCCGCUCCGUUCCGCCGUGCCGGGGGGGGCCAGCGGGACCGGCCGCCGCGAUGACUCUCAAGUCGGGGCGCAGCGCCGGCGGCGGCAGCAGCAGCAUGAGGACGGCGCUGUCCGACCUUUACCUGGAGCACCUUCUGCAGAACCGGCCCAAGCCCGAGGCCAUGACUCAGUCCCCAAACGCCAUGACCGAGGACAUUUAUACCAACGGCUCAGCCCUGGGCAGCCCCUCCCACGGCAGCAGCCGCGAGGUGCGGAAGAUCCGCCUUGUCCAGUUCGAGAAGGUCACGGAGGAGCCCAUGGGAAUCACACUGAAGCAAAACGACAAGCAGAGCUGCAUGGUGGCCAGGAUCUUCCACGGGGGAAUGAUUCACAGACAAGGCUCCCUUCACGUGGGUGAUGAAAUCAUAGAAAUCAAUGGGCAGAGUGCGAGCAACCACUCAGUUGACCAGCUGCAGAAGAUGCUGAAAGAAACCAAGGGGAUGGUCUCAUUAAAAGUCAUUCCCAACCAACAAAGCCGCCUCCCUGCUCUCCAGAUGUUCAUGAGGGCACAGUUUGACUACGACCCCAAAAAAGACAACCUGAUCCCCUGCAAGGAAGCAGGACUGAAGUUUCAGAUCGGUGAUGUGAUUCAGAUCAUAAACAAGGAUGACAGCAACUGGUGGCAGGGCCGGGUGGAGGGCUCCUGCACCGAGUCAGCAGGACUCAUCCCUUCUCCAGAGCUGCAAGAGUGGCGCGUGGCGAGUGUCACCCAGCCCAGUCAGAGUGAAUCCCCAAGCUGUAGCCCCUUUGGGAAGAAGAAGAAGUGCAAAGAUAAAUACCUGGCCAAGCACAGCUCAAUUUUUGACCAGCUGGAUGUUGUUUCAUAUGAGGAGGUGGUGAGGCUGCCUGCCUUCAAGAGGAAGACUCUGGUGCUCAUUGGGGCCAGUGGCGUGGGCCGUAGCCACAUCAAGAACGCUCUGCUCAGCAACAACCCAGACAAGUUCAUGUAUCCACCCCCAUACACCACGCGCCCCCAGAAGAAGAAUGAGGUGGAUGGGAAGGACUACUACUUUGUCUCUACUGAGGAGAUGACCCGGGACAUCUCAGCCAAUGAGUUCUUGGAGUUUGGAAGCUACCAGGGAAACAUGUUUGGCACCAAGUUUGAAACAGUGCACAAGAUCCACCAGCAGGACAAAGUCGCUAUUUUGGACAUUGAGCCCCAGACCCUCAAGAUCGUGCGCACAGCCGAGCUCUCCCCGUUCAUUGUCUUCAUUGCCCCAACAGACAAGGCAGAGGAGUCCGAGGCUCUGCAGCAGCUCCGGAAGGACUCAGAGAGCAUCCGGAGCCGGUACGCACACUACUUCGACCUCUCCCUGGUCAACAACGGGGUGGAAGAAAGCCUCCAGCUGCUGCAGGAAGCCUUUGAGCAGGCCUGCAGUUCUCCACAGUGGGUGCCUGUCUCCUGGGUCUACUGAGAGGGCAUCCAGCCCCAUCCGCUUCCCAUCAACCAUCCUGCAGCCAUGGGGAGAACCCUCCUCUGCUUCCCCCGGUCCACACACAGCCCAGCACAACUCCCUUCCUCUGCUGCUCCAUGGACAUCGUCUCAAUUGGUUGACACACACAGGGUGCCCACAUCUCCUCUCCUGGGGGAAGGAACGCAGGACAGGGGCUGCCUGGGGGACAGCCACCUCCCAUGGCACUGCAGGGUAAGUCAGUGGCUACAGCAGAGUCCAGGGCACCCCGUUAGCUCAGAGCACAGCUCCCUGCCUCACCAGGCAAGGGAAAGCACAGUCCUGCUGUAGCACCCACCUGAUCUUCUCUGCACCAGUCCCAAGGGAAGUGACAGGACAGGGGCUUUCCAGGCAGAUGUCUUUUGACAUUGCAGGAGUGCACACAAACAACCCAGACCCCUGCCUCAAGGAAGCCCCACAGCUUAGGAGACCUCACACAGACAACCUACAGCCAAGGGUUUCCUCUCACAAACAGGGAAGAGUAGAAAAAGGCAGGCAUGGAUUUGAUGGAUGUGGCAUGGAGCACCCACCCCCAGGCAGGCCUCACCCUGUGUUCCAAGGCUGGGGUUUUCUGAUUCACCCUGUGCAACCAUAGGUGUAAAAACUCACUCUAUUGAAAUUCUCACCGUGCAGCUUGGAUUGUUACAGCCUGGCCAGAGAAACUCAGCAGCAGCUGAGCAAGUCCCACAGACCAAACCCCAGAGGGACUGUUCAAUGGGUAAAUUACAUCCAGCCACAAGUAUCUGUUGCAUGCAGUAGAAAAGUCUCUACAAAGAUCAUCCAGGCAUGUUUUCCAGUCUAGGGUGUCUCGCACUCUGUAUGCAAACAUGAAAGCCAUCCUCACCACGGGGUUCCUCCUGCAGGAGUGCACUGAUGCACAAGCCCCCCCACACCACGUCUGGGAAGUAUCACUGUGCCUCCUGGGCAAACCACAGCCAUCAUGUAGGUGAAAAUCUCAUUUGUGUGUUCAGCUAUAGGGGCAAGGGGAAGGUGGUUAAAAAGUCUUGUGCAAUUUUUUUUUUUUUUAAGAAUGCCAAAAAUAAAAUCUAUGUGCAAUAGGGACCUUCGUUCUGAUCCACUGCAGGGAAACAAUGAGCAGCAAUAAAUGUGCGCUGAAACAUU